AUGCCCAAAAAGCAUCACAACCACUCAUUUUCGAAGCCCGCAAGCACUGCUCAUCAUACUCUAGCCUCAUCUGGUCCCCGCGGUAGCCAUAAUGAUCGUUUUCGACCGUCGCAGGCGUCAUCUAACGCCGAGUCCUCCGUCAACGAUAUGAUCAACCAUCUUCGUCGCACUCAAGUAUCCCGAACUGCCGAAGAUGGGCACGGAAGCCCGUCCAGGCAGAUUGCUUCUCGAUCCGUGCAUCCGUCCCUGCGAAACCUCCUAGAACUUCCAGAAAUUCCACCUCCUCGACCUCGCCCGGGCACUCGGCGUGUGGGAAUCGGCGGGCGACCGUCGAGAAGAACAGCUGGUCCCCCACCACCGGAAAGCUGGCUUCUGGGGAACGCUGCUGGAGAUAAUGCCGAAGACAAUGAGACCGCUGAUCUGGGGAAUUCACAAACGGAGAGAAUAAUCUACCGUCUAGAUCGUCUGCCGGGCAACACUAUGCCUGAGCGACACACCCUCUUACACACGGUGCUUAAAUCGAUGGCCGCCCAAUGGGUGUGGCAUGUACAUUAUGAUGGACAGUUCUUGGAUACUCUGCCGAGCCAUAUUAAGAUGCUCCUGCUGAGUUACAUUGGCAUAUAUGCGCGAGACCAACCGAUACUGGGGAUAAUGCAAGGCCUACGACCACUGUUUGAGAAAGAGCAGUUCGAUACACAGGACGAAGAGGAUGGGCUCGACCGGCUUCGGCAUGAAUCGGAGGUUAUACGGCUUGAUUUGGGCAGUGCGAUCGGACGAUGGAUUAAUAUCAAUCAACUUUCCCAUGAGCUGGUAGUGUCGCGAAGGUCACUUCCCGCACAACACAAGCAGAAGGAAGUCAUUCCUUCUUCUUGGGAUGCUGAGUCUGACGAGGAGGUUGACGAGCCCACCAGCAUUGAUGCACCUCUUCCGCAGGCACUCAGUCAAGGGCUCCGCUUCCAGAAUCUCCGUUAUCUCUCCCUCGCACACCCAACAGCUGCUAACUGGAACCCGCUCAUCAACCUCUUAUCGCGUCUUUCAACUCUCACUCAUCUAUCGUUGGCCUACUGGCCGGCCCCGGCUAUUACGCCAAAUGCCAUCGCCCCAACCACCAGGGCGUGGUCUUUCUCACACACCGCCACAGGCGCGACGUCUAAUGAUGAUUGGGCCGAAGCCGCAUCGAUUCUUCGGAGACUCGCACGCGCAACUUACUGUCUAAAAUGGAUUGACCUAGAGGGCUGUGGGGAUUGGCUUGGUGCUCUGAGCUGCGAGAGUGUCGGACCAAAUGGCGAAACAUAUACCUCGGGUCCGGAUUGGAACGGAUCGUGGCGGAAUGUCGAGUUCGUUCGGCUGGGACCUGGCUGGCUUCCGCCGAUUGAUGAUAGCGAGUUGCUUCCAGCCUGUCGGGUGGGAUAUCCUUCCUCCCGGUCACUGGCAACGUCCAUUCAUUCUCCGGUCCGAGAUGGUUCCGAAGCAGCCGACCUACCGUGGGAUGUCGAACUGGAGCGGAUCAAAUAUCGACGGAGCAAAGAAAUAGAACGGUUCCGGGAGAUUUUGCACGCAGCGAAGGAGGUGCAACAGCGCGUGCAACAGGUUCGAAGAGAGGGUAAAGGUAAAUGGGCGCAUUUCUCUUUUGGACUCGAAGGACUGGACGAGACUGUUCUCAAGAGGCUUAUUGGGGCCGAUUACCUACGGUUUCUUCCUUGA